AUGCUGCAACCACCUGCUGAGCGCCCUCCCCAUCGUCAGCGGUACAGAGAGGACGCAUUGUACGACAAGUGUCACCUCGACGACCACGAAGCCAAUGCUGGCUGCGAUGGGGCGGCCUCCACGGCGCCUCCAUCCGUUGCCAUGACGCUCGCCCCUGCCUCACCGUCUCGCAGCCUCUACGCCGACGUGGAGGCUGCCCGGCAGCCGCUGCCUCCAGCAGAUGAAACGCCUUGUAUAGGCCCCCACGCUCCCUCCCCUGUGUCGUCGCCGCCACAGUCUGCUACAAAGGGCAGCCGCCAGGGCAAGAUCGCUGCUGAGGAGGAGCGGAGGUGGGAAGAGAGGGCAGGAGGGGAUGAUGAUGGCGAGCCCGACGCGGCGGUUCUCGUGACGCAUGCUGAGAUGGAAACCGUUGUCGCCGCAGCUCUGCGCCGCUACGAGAAGGAGCGAGAUGCCGAGGAGGAGGCGGUGCUUCAGCAGGUCAGUAAGGAGGUCGAGGAACAGGCGAGCCGCUACGCCGACCUUGUCGAGGCCUACAACACCGUGUGCGCUGACAGGGCGACGCUGCAGGAGAAGCUUACCGAGGCAGCAGAGGAGUGCAAGGAGCUGAGACACGCGCUGCAGAAGGCGCGCGAGACGCAGCAGGCGCAGAAGGACUCCAUGAAGCGGCUGGAGGUGGAGUUAUACCACGCAAGGGAUGCGCAGCAGCAGCAACAGCGGCAGGAGGUGGAGCAGCGCAUGCUGCUGAAGGCAGAGGGGGCUGAUUGGGAGGCGCAGCGCGCACGCUAUGAGAAGCGUCAGGACACGCUCGAGGCGCAGCUUCACCAGGCGCGCAAAGAGCUACGGGAGAUGGAAGCACGCGUGGCGGAGCAGGACGACGAGCUCGCCGCCCUGCGAGAGCGCGCCGCGAAGGCGUCUGCCGAAACGGAGGACGAGUACGCCGACAUCCAUCUCCGGAUGCGUCAGCUGGCGCAGAGCAUGGCCUCGAUGGAGGUUGCCCUGCGCGAGCGGGACGCCACCAUCGCAGAGCAGGCUGCCCGGCUGCGUGAGGCCGCUGACCGCCAGGAGGCGGAGGUGCGUGCGGUGACUGCGGAGCGGGAGAAGGCCGAGGCAGCCCUGGCAAGCGCACGUGACGCGCUACAACGGCAGACGGACGACAUUCGACGGCGCAUGCACCGCUUCACAGAACUUCAGCAGCAGAGGGAAGCGCUCAAGGAUGAAGUGAAGGCCGCGCGGCACACGCUGCAAGCGGCAUCAGAGGACCAGGGGCGUGUGAUGCAGUCAUUACAGGAUGUGCUGUUCACCGUGAAGCAACGCCUUUCCUCCGGGACCGACGAUGCGGGACGUGUCAGGCCGCCGCCGCCUGGACUCUCCUCGCGCAGCCGUCGCCAAUUUCCUGCCAAUCGGCGCAGGGAUCACAUGAACAGCACGCUUGUGUACGAAGACGACCACGAUGAGAUCUCGGAUGAUCUGCGUAGCUGCUCCGCAAUCUCGCAGUCUCACUCCCGCUCAGGCUCGGCACAGCGCACGCGGGAGCCGUCCUCCUCGGAGGACGGCGAUGAUGCACAAAGACGGUGUCAUUUCUCGCUUGCAGCGUUGACCGCGAAGGGGGAGCACUGCAGCGCCGCAUCCCCGAAGCCUCGCACCGACCGCACAUCACCCCCUCCACCCGCGGCGGGGCCUGGCCAGCGGUGUGCGCGGACGUUGUCGCCGCCGCAUUCGGCGCGUGUGACAACCCGGGAGGCACCGGCAAACGAUGUCAAGGGCAGCACCUCUGCGUGUAGCAUCUCGCACGAGCUGCGCCACCAAAGCUCGCAAGCGCUUCUCCUGUUGCGCGAGCUCCACCGGUGCGUCUCGUCGCUCCCCCCACAGAGGCGGAAGUCGUCGCCUGGGGGUGACGUCGCUCCCGCAGGCACCAGGAGGGGCAGUGCUGAGCGAUCCGGCUCGACUGCAGCGAAGCUCGAGCAGGCCUGCCGGUACCUCAAAACAGAGCUUGACCGGGCUCACACAGCGCUCCAGGAGGCGCAGGCGGAGUGCCAGUGGCGCACGCUCUCCAUGAAGAAGUAUGAAGAGGAUGUGCAGGCUGCCCGCCGCGAGGUGCUUACCGCGGAGAAGCAGCGACUAGCGUGCGAGACGCAGCUGGAGACGGCUGCGCUGGUGCGCGAGGAGCUGGAGGCACAGCUGACGGAGCUGAAGGCGACGAGUGCGGCGGCGACGGCUAGGCAGAGAGCAUCCGAGGACGCGGUGGCGGAGGCAAAGGCGGCUGCCGAGCGCAGCGCGGCCCUUGCGGAGGAGGCGGCGCAGCUGAAAGAUGCUGCGGAGUCCGCCCUUGCCAGAGAGCAGGGCAAGGGCGCACGUCAGGCCACUGCACUUCGCGAUCACGCAGUGGCGCAGACAGCUCUUACGGAUGAGCUGGAUGAGCUAAAGGAGAAGCACAAGGCAGCCCUUGCGCAGCUGCAGACGUACCACGCCCGUGAGGCGGCCCAGCUGCUGAAGCAGCAGCAGGAAGAGAGCCACACGCGCGGGACGGCCGCGGAGGCGUGGAGGACGGAGCGAGCAUCCCUCGAAGCGCACAUCUCAAGCCUUGAGACGAAGCUGCGGGCCUCGACGGGGGCGAUGACGGCUGCCAAGCGCCGCUGCGCAACACUAGAAGAACAGCUUACACUACACCUGGAUGUGGAGAGGACGACCUUGAGGACGAUUGGCGAGAUUGCCCACGCGCCACCCUUCCGGCUCUCGGUCGAUGCUGCAGUCGUCGGCGACAGCUCCUGCGCGUCGCACUCCCACGGUGCCGUGUUGCCGACGGAGAAGCAGCUCUUUGGUGGCGAUGACGAGGCACCAGAGGUGGAGGCGGUGGUCAUGGUGUCAGCAGAGGCAACGCCGACAAGGAAAGGCGUGCACAAGGAGCUCGCGGGCGCGGCCUCGCACAAGUACACGACAACUAGCCGAACUACAGCACUGUCGCUGGUAUCAGCGCGCCUUUCGACGGCCGGCGCCACCUCUCCAAGCGUGGCGUCAACAACAACCGUUUCACCAGCGUCGCCAGCAUCGUGUCCACACCUUGGCGGCGCUUCCCUAGAGACGACCAACUCGUCUGCUAUGGCGGCUCUCGCACCUCUACGCCAGCACAUCGUUGCCGCUGUGCAACAGCUAGCGCUGGAGGUGGUGCGCCUGCGGCAAGGUGCUGUACUAGCGCCCGUGAAGUCGCCUGUCAUAGCGCAGCCUCGGACGAUGACGCGUCGGCCUCGUGACAUAACGUCUGCAGAGGCGUGGUACGGCGGUGCAACGGCGCGCAACGCCGUCGGCGGCGACGUCCCUGUCGAGUCCUGUCAAAAUCGGGGCAGCAGCGGCGACGUGAAACGACCGUCCACCAGUACUCUUGGCUCCCCACCCCCGUUGGAGGCGUUUAUCGCGGCUCAGUCCCAGCCGCAGUACCAGCACCAGCACCAGCCACCACGCACGCCACCCAGGGAGCACCCUUCCGCCGGCUCUGCCGUCCCGACUCGAACGUCGGGGGAGGUCCCGCAAUCGGGUCAGUGUAGCGGCCACAGCCAGAGCAGAAACCCACUGACGCCGUCGCACCCGUCGCAGCAUGCCGCAGCGAGCAGCCCCUCCGCAUCUUGCAGUUCGCCGGUGCCCGCUGCAGCCGCCGCAGCAGCUGGUGAACACCUCUACAACGUUUCUCCUUGGUCCCGUUUGCGGCCGCCGCGGUCGCUGUCGUCUUGGAGUCCACCGGCUUCUCACUCGGCCGCUGCGGCCCACGGCAAGCUCUGGAACGAGGCACGGCGCUCUGCCUCCAUGAAUGAUGGGCUGUCGGGGUAUUCCUACAGCACCGGACGGGGGAGCGUCGAUGGAAGCUGCCUCCCAGCGCGGCCGCCGUCUCUGCGUGCCUUGUCGCUCCCUCGCUGA